AAUUCUAGAAGACCACGAAGAGUCGUCUUUUCCAGUCUCCCUCUCCCCUUGAGCGAAUGUGUUUUGUUGAAUGUCUCAUUAAUAUUACAUCAUAUCUCAUUACGACUGAUCAGGGCUGAUGUUGUGCGGCUUUUAACAUGGAGGGUUGUGCAACGACAAAGACAGCUGUGAAAUUAUUUGCAGUGUUCGUCGCUCUUUCUCUGUUCCAGAGAUGUUCAUCUUCAUCUCCUGAAUCAAUUUGGGAACGCAACAGUCACAUCACGCAACAGUUCGGCUUCCAGUUUCCGUUUCCACUCCCGAAAUUUAACUUUUCAGACGUCUCCGAAGAGUGCCAAGCUAUUGUUCAGAACCUUUCAUUGUUGCGAUCACCGCUAUCAUAUUCUUAUUUGGAUGCUAUUGGUAAACCUCAAAGUGGACUUUUUCUGGGGAACACUGGUUGGUUAGGAUCCUACAGUGAGUGCACUGAAAGCAUUCCUGAUGCCCACUACUGUUUGGCUUAUGUGUCCUUUCCCCAACCUCCCUUAAAUAUCACUGAGUCAUUUCCUGUCCGCUGGGGUAUUUGUGCUCCAAAACAAUGCAGUGAACAGGAUGUAACAAAAGGUCUGCAAGAUGUAUUUACAGGAAUCAAUAAUGAAAUGAAGAAGACAGAGGUAGUGUUGAGGCCUCAGAAAGGAUAUGGACUUCCACCAGGUGGCAAAGCUGUUUACUGCAGCAAGAAAUCAGAAUACACAACAGGAGUAAUACUCACGCUGAUUUUGUGUGGUUUAAUCCUGUUCCUCUGCCUUGUGGGAACACUCAGUGACAUUGUGAUUAGCUUUAUGAAAAAACCCAUAGUACCUGUCAACAAAAGUAAUGACUUCAUGCCAAUCCGAGACGGCUCCUUGCCAACGCCUGGAAAUGAUGUUUCUGAUUCAUUCACAAGGAGUGAUAUGCUUAGCAGUAACAGCCCACAGUUCGUGGACCCGUCCCCUGAAGUAGCAAUUAGUGUAUCGUCCAGGCUUACAAGUUUACCCCAGAUGAAAGAUGAGCCAAAUGUAGUGGUGCGAUUUUUCCUGUGUUUUUCAUUAAUUCAAAACACAAGCCGUAUCAUGGACACCAAAGUCCCUGCCAGCGCCAUCACUUCAAUCAAUGGAAUGAGGGUGAUAAGUAUGUGGUGGGUGAUCCUGGGACAUGUGUAUGGUUUUCAAACUGUGUCAUCUAUGAGUAACUUCUUGCUCCUGCUUCAAAUCAUACAACGAUUCACGUUCGAGGCUAUUGGCAAUGCUACCUUUUCGGUGGACAGUUUCUUUUUCCUGAGCGGUCUUCUGGUUUCAUAUUUGUCUUUGCGUCACAUGGAGAAGAAAAAUGGACAGCUACCACUUUUUAAGUACUACUUCCACCGAUUUUGGAGGUUAACUCCAGCUUAAAUGUUCGUUUUGUUGUUUUACGACAAAAUGAAUGGAUUUCUUGGCGACGGGCCUCUUUGGUAUCAAGCUCAGGCAAAGAACGCGUGUGACAAGUACUGGUGGACCAACCUGCUCUAUAUUAACAACUUUUAUCCAACUGACAUGAAUGCAUCGGUGAGAUUUUUACUUAAGUAUUCACAUCAGAGUGUGGCACAUGGUUUACACGUGACAGACGAUAAGGUCAAAAUUAAGAUUUUCUUGAAGGUUCAGACAUACUUAUUCAAUAUGGCUGGCUGGUGUGUUGCUAUUGCGCUCGCUCUGUCCACGCUGUAUGGUCAAUACAAAGUCAUCAGGAAAGACAACCCCGUGCCAUUCUCUCGCGCUGAAAAUAUCAUAUACGGGACUUUUUCACGGUUCGCAUGGAGCCUGGCACUAGCUUGGGUAAUCUUUGCUUGCCAUAACGGGCUUGGAGGUUUGGUGAACAAAUUCUUGUCGGCUCGAUUCUGGAUUCCACUAGGCCGGCUGACGUACUGUGCUUAUCUGGUUCAUCCCAUUAUCAUCUUCGCUCUAUUUAUGUCGUUUGAUACCGUCCGGGCCUAUUCUGAUAUGCAUAUGGCAUUCUGUUAUGUCGGCGUACUUGGCAUUUCGUAUGCAGUGGCCUUUAUUGUGUCGGUAUGUGUGGAAUAUCCCAUGAUGCAGUUGGAGAAGUUUAUAUUCAAAGGGGACAACUAAGUGCAGAGGUCAUGGAUGGAAGUGUCUGGCACGCUUCAUUUGUCAAUGUGCUCUUCUAACACUGAUAUAUAAAGUUAUGAUCAUAGAGAAACAGUCCUAAGAAUACACCCAAUGCAAGUGAUAGUUUAUAUUUUUGAUGGCUGAUCUUGAAAUGAGAUUGUUAAUACGACGUCGUUGUUAACAUCUUUGAUCGUCAGCAGCUGGCAUUGUCCUCAGAAGGCGUCUUCGGGUUCGUCAGAGAAUUUUGCGCAAAUGCUAACGCAGAAAUAGUUGUGAUUCGCAUGACAGUAAUUCAAAUUGUAGGCAGUUGUAGAUCAGGAAUGUUUUCGUUCAAAAGCCAGGUGGUAGUCCUUGGCUGCUGAAGCAAUAUGUGAUAUAUAUUGCACUUACAUGCAGCACUGAGUUGUGAGAAGAAGGGCUUUUUCUCAAGACAAAAUAGUUUUUGAAUAAUGUUGAACUGUAGUUGUAACGUAACAGUUAUUAACUCAGUGCAUUGAGGUGAUUGAUUACAACUUUCAAUCUUCUCAACGUUUUAUUUAAGUUUUUGCUUGAAAUGUUGCUGCCUAAAUUUUCCGCAUAUUUCAAAAUGAACUCACAGUUUGCCUGAACACUUGAAACGAUUACAAAUUACACGGGGGAUUUUAUGAAUUUAUAAACACGUUUUAAUCAAGGGUGUUUUAUUUUUUGACCGGUAAUGUGAAACUGCCGGAAUUUUUCACUGAUUUCAAAGUUAACUUAAACUUUCUUAACGAUUUCAGAUUGCAACGAUGAUUUCAGGGUUUUUAUCUGUACGACAGUAAUUUAGGUAACCUUUCUUUGGUGUCUUUCUAGCCUGCACAGCCGCCUUUUAAGUGAUAAUUUUGAGCGGCGGCGCUGUGAAAAUGAGCGGCAAGGCUGUUCUUGCGAAACACAACAUUUAUUUUCAUCGAGCGCCCCCAAAGGCGCUCGCAACGCAGGAGCGCUCUGAGUAUUGACGGGAUCAUUGAUGGUAAUUUAUCACGUCUCUAAUUAAAAUUGAAGCAGGCCCUUCGCUUUUACCCCAGAGUUAAUUCUGAUGUCAUAGGGCACAUUAGAUGUAUCCUUGAAAAAAUAUCCAUUAAGUUUUACUUUCAAAAUGUUGUCUUUCGCGAAAUUUGCCGUCGUCGUAUAAGCUUCUUCUAGGUAGCUUAUUUCAGUCACAGAAGGGUAGCUUUUUCUAAUUUUAUUAUUACUAUUUUAUUCUUUGCAAAUCAUGAUAGAGUGUGUGUGACGCAUAAAACUAAAUAUAAUCAUCAUAAGUGAAACUGAAUAAAGUUGCACGUAC